AUGGACGUAAACUACGACGGGCAGACUGCAUUUGAUGCAGCCGCAAAUGGAGAUUUUCCUCUCGUAGUUCUGCUUUGGGGCAUGUCCAUGGCUGUACAGCCACAACCAGUCGAUUUGCUCGCAACCAAGGACCAGAAUGGAAAUACACUGGUACAUUAUGCGGCAGCGAGUGGCGAAGACUCAUGCGAUACGUUGCAUUUUUUGAUGCAGCAAAUGCACGCCUCUGGACGAGAGGAUAUACUCAUGGAUGCCAAAAAUGAUGCAGGUGAAACGCCACUCAUAAGAGCAGCUCAUGUUGGCAACAUGCAAAUAGCAGGAGCAUUGUUGGAAUCAGGAUUCGUCGAUUUAUUGGCCCAAGAUUUACGAGGCAAUACGGCAGCACACCAUGCAGCUGCACAGGGUCAUCUCUGGGUAUUACAUUUCUUACUUGAAGCUGAGUUAAGAAACAAUACUACAAUAGCAAAAGAAGGAAAACAAUUGAAUUGUACAACGCGUGGUGGCUAUUCAUCUCAGCAUCGAAAUGUUUUACAUUACGCGUGUAUGAGCGAAUAUAAGCCCAUGGUACAGUAUUUGCUUACUGAAGGUUUUGAUGCGAAAGAAGCGGAUGCAGAAGGUUUCACAUGUAUGGAUCUGGCAAAGCAACGCAAUUUAUCAUGGCUAAAAGAAUUGCUUACUUGCAAUGAAAAAGCAGCAGAUCCACCUACACAUAUGCGUCAAACGCGUGGGAUUGUGGCGAUACUGCAGGGUGCAUUGCUUCUAGCGAUUUUAGCAACAAGCUAUUGGCUUGUCUGGUGGAUUGCUGUGCCUUUGAUUUUUGUGGUAUUAGGUGUAUCGCUGUUUGCAUUUCGUCAGCAAAGCCACGACCAUAGUCAUUCACACGGAUCAUCUACAGACAUGAGUCACUUGCAUCCGUCGAAACGAAGGGUGUUUGUGGCCAAAAAUGUAUCACUUGAAUCAAUUGAAAAAGGUCUCACGAAAGAACAUAGCAAGAAAUUCAAAAACGUGACGAGCGUCGGUAUUCACACAAUUAUACGACCACAACCCGAGUCAAUUAUGGCGAUUUGGAUAGCAUGGGUUGGUCUCUUCACUUUGUUGUACAUUGUGCUAUGGGUUGAUCCCGAUUACAAGGCUUUUCGAAAGAGUCACAAGGUUUUCUUAGCUAUCAUUGGUGUAAUAGAGUUGGUGUUUAUUACAGUGUGGGUAAGAUUGGCAUUUUUUUGCCCGACAGAUCCUGGGACGAUCACCACGUAUGAACAAGAUGUAAAGAUCAUGCUAGAGAUGGCAUCACAAUGCGAAACACCUGACAUGAACAAGUUUUGUCGUACUUGUCUCGUCAAGAAACCCAUUCGUUCUAAGCACUGCGCUCAGUGUGGUAUCUGUAUUGCUCGACAUGACCAUCACUGUGCUUGGAUCAAUCGUUGUGUAGGCUAUGGCAACCACCGUUUGUUUCUUGUCUUCUUACUAGUGCAUGUCAUCGCGCUGGGUAUUUAUGCAGUGCUCAUUAUUCUUGUACUUUCUGAAGCCACGCAUGAUCUUCACGCUGUGCGAAUCAAUUUGAGCAAUAGUGGUGAUAAUAGUAAUUUGACAGCUAUGGAUGUCUGGAUUGAAAUUCCGUCGUUGUUUAAGAAUCAUCUGCUGGUCAUGAUGGUGCUACUUUGGGAUCUAAUGGCCUUUGGGGCAGUUAGUAUGAUGAUUAUUCAGCAUAUAAACAAUAUUGAAAAGAAUCUCACGAUAAACGAGCAGAUGAAUUGGCGACGGUACGACUAUCUGACUCGAAAAUCAGCAUCUGCAGCAAAAAUGGCACCGAAAGAAAUGGUCAAUCCGUUCGAUCGCGGAAUUAAGAAGAAUCUCGCAGAGUUUUUCUUUCGCUCGAGUAGCACAGCAGUAGACUAUCGUAACGUCUUUUCAGCUCCGGGCUCUGCUGGGAAUGAUACAAGCCCUGUAAGUUCUGAGACUUCAGCAACUUCGGAGUAUGUUGAGGAGAAGCGUAGUGUUGGUGACGUGGUAUAG